AUGACAAAACGCCAUAAACAUUUAAUAUUCUACCGCAUGCUACUGGUUAUCGGUAUUCCUACGGUUUAUUUUGCAUGUAUUAGUCUCAGUGGAUUUUUCAAAGUCAAAAGUACGGAAUUAGACCCUGAAAUAUUUGGAAAAAAUGAAAUCCGAUUACGUAAAUUAAUGCAAGUUGAAGAGCCAGAGGUAAACAGAAGCAAUCAAUGUAUUGCGCCAGCGAUCGAUGAAUUUCCAUCGGACGGUUUUACUGCCGAACAAAGACGCUCUGGAUUCAUAGUAAUUCAUAUUGUUCUUGCGAUUUAUUUAUUUUUGUUGCUUGCAGUAGUUUGCGAUGACUUUUUUGUUCCUUCGAUUACGAAAAUAUGCGAGAAAUUAAAUGUAUCAGAAGACGUUGCUGGCGCAACAUUUAUGGCAGCAGCAUCAUCCAGCCCCGAAUUAUUUAUAAAUGUCGUGGGAACAUUUGUAACCCAAGGUGACAUAGGAAUUGGUACAAUUGUUGGCUCUGCGGUGUUUAAUAUUCUCGCGGUUCCAGCAUGCUGUGGCCUUUUUGCAAGCCAGGCGCUGGAGCUCGAUUGGUGGCCAGUAAGUCGAGAUUCUCUGGCUUAUGCAAUCACUGUUGGUUUGCUUAUUUUAGUGUUUCGUGACGGGCGAGUCGAAUGGUAUGAAGGGUUGAUCCUCGUUAUCACUUAUGUGUUGUAUAUUUUGACAAUGUACUUCAACAAGCGUAUCAGCAAGUGUAUGGGCUCAAUGGUGUCCAAAAGAAAAGAGUAUAAAAAUUUGGACAACAGUUCUUUGUUACCGAAACAUUUUGAGAACGGAAAAGUUAACAGUUUUGAGCCAAUCGAAGACGAGGACCUUGAAAUCGUCAACUUGACCAAUUGGCCGAAUUCCUUUUGGGAAAAGCUGUGGUGGAUGCUAACGUGGCCGAUAAACUUUGUAUUGCUGAUAACGAUCCCAGAUUGUGAUACUCUGGAGAUUCCAGACUCAGUAAUGGGUUUAACCUUUCUUGCCGCUGGGAUGAGUGUUCCCGAAGCAGUUUCCAGCGUCAUCGUAACAAAUCAAGGACACGGUACCAUGGGAAUCAGUAAUUCGAUUGGCUCGAAUGUCUUUGAUAUACUUCUAUGCCUGGGAUUGCCUUGGUUUAUAAAAGCGGCAUUUGUACCAAAGAAUCCGGGACUGCAUUACGUUCAAAUAAACUCCGAAGGACUUGUUUACAGUUCAAUAUCACUCUUUUCAACGUUAAUCUUACUUUACGUAGCUUUUGCAUGCAACAAAUUCAGACUUGACCGUAAAGUUGGUUUUACUUGUCUGUUCAUGUACGCAUGCUUCCUUGUGAUAGCUUCUCUCACUGAACUCAAUGUCUUUUUCCAAGUAAAUCUUCCUACAUGUGUUCACUGA